AUGGGAGGAAAAUAUAUUCCGGUCGCGAAAAAAAAGCUUCGUGUAGCAGCCAACAGUAAGAAUUUGGAAUUCUUAACAAAUCCGGUGCAGGUGAAAGAGAAAAACACACUACCAAUUAAAACGGAAAUGAAGGAUCAAACGAAGGAACGAAAUAGGAGCAGCCGUCUGCUAAAAAAUUCAGUAAGAGGACCGAAUAAAGCGAUCGAUUCAAAAUACCUCGAAGAUUCCACUGAUGGUGAGUUAAUGAUGCCAAUAAACACUCCGCGAAAGACCAAGAGCCAAUCAGUGAACACCCGUUUGUCGAAAAGGAAUAAUCAAAAGUCAGCGGCAUCGCCUGGUCCGAAAAACUACUCCAUUUCAGGUCCUGCAUAUUCCGAUGAGGCUAAAUCAUCCGUGCUGGGCUCCCUCGAACUGUACAAGGUCAGUCCGUCAAAAGACAAUAAUGUAUUGGAUGUACAGAUGGAGUUUUUCCAGGACUGGGAGGAACCUGAAUGGUUAGACUGCAGUAAACCAGGACCAUCGAGUAAUUCUGCACGCAUGUCGAUCUCCGAGCAGAUCGAAGGUACUGGGAAGCAAGAGAUGGCUGCUGGUCGUAACACCAGUAAUAAAGUUAAGCGAACAUAUUUGGCUAAGCGAGUGGGAAAGGAAAACACAAUGGGAAAUGAUGUUUUAGACGGGAUCCUAUCUCAGGAUGAAUGUGGUGAAAACCGUGACACACCAACUGCGGAAAUUAAUGAGUGCACAUGUGGACAACAAUCGGCUAUCGAGCAGUUGCUGAGUGAUAAUUCCGCGAUGAAAAAACAAAUUCAGCGACUCAAGCAAGCGUUGCGCGAGGCAACAAACAGAUGUUUUAAAUUAACGGAUACAUUGAACUCUAAGGUGUUUGGGGACCCUCAUAAAGAGAUUUUUUCUGAGGUAGAAGGAUACCCGAGUCGCGAGCAACUCAUUGCCUUCUCUGAUCAAAGAAUUAAAAGCGAUUACACAUUUGUUCGGCUAUUGAUGGAAGAAUUGUGGCCAAACGGCUACGUGAACCGAUCGGUAAGUGGAAGAUCUUCUAACAAUCCACUUGGAAGACCACGACGUGUGGCGGUAAAUAAUACUUCGGUCGAACUACCAACUAACACUGUAAAACGUGUUCCACUGGAACCGGAAAAAGUGAAAUAUAUACGAGAUCGUUUGUUGGAACACCGCAUUUAUCGGGGAGACUCACCGGCUGCAGCAAAUAUUUGGGCCGACGAAUCUUCAAGCAUCAUGAGACGAAUCCUGGCAUAUUAUGGAAAUGACUCAAACCAAACGUAAAAUACUGGAGAUUAGAACGUUAAAGAAACAGCAGUUGAACUACAUAUGUUUUGUAUAUCGCAAAAUCAUGGAUUAAUUCGUAAGAAAUGAAAACCAAACCAAAGAGAAAAUAAAUUAAUUCAAAUGAAUAA